CGCUGUCGGUGUCUUUUAAUAUUGGAAUUCUGAUCAGAUUAAAAUUUAAUUUUUAGAUACUCUUUUUGAGUCGGAUUUUUAGGGAAUCCGUUGCAAGCGCUAAAUUAUUUUCUGACAUUAAAGGGAAAUGGAUUAAAUACCUAAAUAGAAGUCAAAUGGUGACAUGGAUUAGUGUUUCCAAUGUCGUCGUCCAACUCUGCUAUGGAUGUUGAUGGGGCCCCUGGGAAUGCCCCUGGCCCUUUAAAGAGAAGUUCUAGUGCUCCAAUGAUUAAUGAAGCAUCUAGUUCAGCUAUGACAUCUGCUAGUUCUAGUAAUUCAACAGCCAGUAAUCAACCAUCUUUCAACAAUUUAUUUGGCACAGUAAAUGCAACAAGAACUAGACGCUUCAGUGCAAGCUUUAGUCCAGUACCAGGCUCUCCAGUAUCGGGACCAAGAACACCAAGAAUAAAUCAGUUGAGACAAGAAGAGCAUGAAGUCGUAUCUAAUUCUCGUGAAUUGGCUCACGAAAAAGAAAUCCACAGUGCAAUGCAAAUUUCACAAUCAUGGGAGGAUCUUAGCUUGAUAGAAAAUUCAAAUGAAACCAAGAGCAAUCGAAUGGGGCCCAUUCAUGUAUCCUUACCAUCUAAUAGUUUUAUGUCUAAUUCUCCAUCGCCUACAAGGGGUUAUGGAUUUCAAAGUCCAACAAGAUCGAAACAAAUAUUUAUUAGACGUAGUGAAAGUCCUGUGCUUCGUCCAAGCCCACUAGGUGUAAAGCGAAAAAUUGAUGAUAAGGAUGUUGAUUUUCACACUAGUCCAAGAGCAAAAAGGGUAUAUAGUUAUUCAGCUAGUGAUAGCAGAGGUCUCCUUACAACCACAUCAAAUUCACUGCCAGGGUCUUUAAGUUCAGUUGGAACCCCAGAAAGCCUUUCCAGUGCAGACUCUCCCGGUUCUGGUUUUGCUUUCAGAAACGUCGAUAGUCCGUCUCCAACCCUCCAAGGUGGCCAAGGAGAACCUAUGAUUGUGGGCAAGAAUGACCAUGAUAUGACUGAGAGUCCUAGUUAAUAUGGUGCAAUACCGAGUUUAGAUUUUUAAUUAAAGGUGGCAUAAGAGCAAAGAAAAAUAAGUGGAAAAAUUUAAAAUAUAUUGUGGUAGGAAACUAGACCAUUCUUGGUGAGAUAUUUUGAAUAUAAUCAUAGAUAUAAUGAAACAUGCUUAUUAAAAAAUAUUCUUUCUAUGGGGUGAUUCACGGCGAUGGUACGUUAUCUGUUUAUGGAGAACCAGUGAUAUUAUUUUUUUUUGAAAAUUUGGAUUUUUACAUAAAAGCACCUGCUCGCGCAUGUUCGCGGCUCGUUUCCCGUUCGAAGUCGGUAUUUUUGGCCGCUUCAAAGAGUUCGCGCCCGUGAAACGUGAACGCUCUCCACAUUCACGACGUGCUGUGCAUAAAAUCUAUUUAGAGAUUACAUGUUUAUAGUGCGUGUCGCUGGUGUAAUUUUUUAGCUUUGUUUUUGGUUUUUUAUCUGACUGUGUGAUAAUAAUUUAGAAUUACAAUUUUUGGAACAGUACCAAAAAAAAAGAACCUGUCUUAUGGGAUGUCAUACAUAGAAAAUACAAAGAGAAAAAUAGAAUUAGCAGUUAUAUUAUUAUUUCAUCUUUUCUUCUGGAAGGCGUAAACACUACUGCGAACAAUCCGGCGUUUAACCAUAGUUUUUUUAUUGCAAAUAAUUAAUCUUCAUUCAAUUUUAUGACACCCGUAUUUUUUAUUUUACUUCAAUUUCAUCCCAUUUAAAAAAAAAUAAUCAAUAUUAAGAAUUUCAAAUUUACACUUUUGCAAUCUCUGACGUCACCUAUCAAAAGUGUCACGGUUUGCCACGAGGUACAAAGGUAAAUAAAAACCAUUUUUCUAAAUGUAUUUUAAAGUAGAUAUAAAAUUAAUUGUAAAAUAAAACUUAAGGAACUUACGUUAAAACGAUCUUCACGGCAAAAUAUCGUACUUUUGCUGACAUAUUGUUGUCUUGCCGCUUCAAACCAGGCUCUUCGACGGCUUUCAUCCAAAGGAACAGUUAUAAAAACUUUUUCUGGAGAGACUUCAGAGUUAUUUAGACAGCCCUUCACAAAACAAACUUUAACACUCUUCAUUACAAAAAUAAUAAAGAGGGUACAAUAAAACAAAAUUGAAAACUCAAAGUAUUUAACGCCAAACGCAAAAUCCACAAAAUACAAAUCUAACCUCGAACCCUCGAACAACUGGUAGUGUUUAGUGCUUCGAUAAAAAUGGCAGUAACCUGUUAAUUAUAAAAAUUUAAGUUUUAAUUUCUAGUAGUAAAAAAUAUAAGAGUAAAUUUAAUAUUGGGGUAAUAAAGAAUAAUCCUACAUAAAAACGUAUUUUUUAACGAUCAUAAUAAAAAUAGAAAAAUCUAACGUGAUUUUAAGAUAUAUUGUGUAAAUACUGUAGCAGAGAACUAGACAGGCCAUAAUAUUAUUCUUCAAAGGCUCGCGCCCUCUGUCAACUGUUCAGUCGAAUGCUGAUAGGUGACGUCACAAUUUUCUAUGCGUCAUUUCAAACCAGUGAAAUUUGUAUUGAAUUUGAUUUAUUAUUUAUUCCUUAAUUGUAACUUCGUUGCAUUUCUUUUUGUAUUGAGGGAGUACUUUUUAAUCACUUCAAUUGAAUUUUAUAUGAAAAAUAACAACAAUUUACUAUGGUUAAUCACCGCAUUGCGAGUGUGGGUGAGAAGUUCGGAUCCGCAAAAUUCAAGGCCAAUCACGGUUUUUCACGGCGCGAGUCUGGAGCCGGCAUAAAAUUGACAAAAACGUGAUUUUGAAUAAGCAUUGGUAAAGUCAUUUAUCGAAUAUUUUUAGAGUUGACAUUUGGGUUAUAAGUUAACUGAAGUCGAUAUAUUCGGUGUGCCUAAAUCAACCGAUUGGAUAUUACACAGGAAGAGUAAAAACAAAUUAUUUCCGUUUGUUACAGAAUUGACCAAAUAUUUGUUAUUUUAAAUACAACCCUAUGUAUAUAUUUUUUAAAAAUCAAAAGGCUAAUAAAAUUGCUUUUCAACGAUAUAUGUUCCUAUACCUAAAUAACCUACCAGGUUUUUAAGUAGAGCUAUUUAAAAAUUAAAAAACAUAAAAUUAAAUAAUAGUUAAUAAAGUUAAUUGAUACAUAUAAAGUUUGAAUAUUUGUCAUGGUAACAAUUCACUUUAAACGAAAAAAUUAUAAUAGAAUGAUUAUCUUUUUAAUCUUUUUAUUCAAAGUUUUUAAAUUGCUUUACUGAUUAAACUAGAAUUUUUAGGUAUAGGGACAUGAUAUAUUGUUGAACAGCAAUUUUAUUUGUGUUUUAAUUUUUUAAAUGAUAUACAUAGGCUUAAAUUUAAAAUAACAGUAAUUUGAGGGAUUUUAUAACAAACAGAUUUUUUUUGUUGAUCUCAUCCGUUGAUUUAGACAAGAUUUAGACAGAUCGAAUAUGUCGACUUUCCUUAACCUAUAAAAAAUAAUUCAGCUUUCAAUAUGCCGAAUUCAUGAUUUAAAUGGAUUUAACCAAACCAUGCUUUUAGCUCCAACCAUGCUUUUAGCUCGUCUUGCUUGCACUGUGUUAAGUUGUAGUACAAGACGGAACGCACUCAAUCCCACACACCCCGUUUUAAGCGCAGUUUUCUCUUCAGUCAAAAACCCAUGGAUUGUGAGAAAUUAGCUUUAUGUGCAGCAGCAGUUCUAAUCAUAAAAAAGAAAAAAAAAAGAGAAACCCUGAAAAAUGUGGUCCAAAUCAAAACACUGUAAGCUGCUUUUUUAUUUUUGUCUGAAUAUUCCUUGCUCUUACUUUUUCACAAACAUUCAUGUUUUUUAUAUAAAUCAAUAAAACCUGAGAGAAACUGUCGCAACAUCAGUCUCAGAUCAGUCAUAUUUCCAAAAUAAGAAGCGCAGCUAACAUGCAUAACACUAUAAACAAGACGGACAACGGGAUACCUCUCACACACCGCGUCUUGCAUUAUAACUUAAGCCUGUGCAAGCAAGACAAACGAAAAGCACGAGUGUCUGGGGCGGCAACACUCUAAUGCUGAAAAUAAUUUAGACAGAUGAAGCAGGCCUUUAUGUAAAAAUCCAUAUUUUCAAAAGAAUCCUAUUACCGGUUCUCCAUAAACGUCUAACGUGCCAUCGCCACAAAUCACCCUGUAUAUUGUGAAUCUCAGCUUAGUGUAUAUUAGAAAGUGUCUUUAAUCUGUCUUCUUUAAUUACAUUGAGACUAUAAUUAAUUGGAGAUUAUAUUCUAAUUAUUUUUUUUUAUUUUCGAUUUUUUACCUAGUGAAAUGUUUUAUUUUUCAAAUUUAUUAAUUAGUAAAAAAUUUCCAGUUUAUAAUAAUUUUUAACAUCAAUUUACGGAGCUGUCUUUAUUAAAUUUUGUAGAGACAGUUGUAUCACUAAUCGUUAUCAAGCUAAAACUGAAAAACACCAGUUUGUAGCAAUUUACAGAAAAGUAUGGGCAUGGUUAUGAUAUAUAGGUAUUUUUAAUGGCAUAUCUCAAUAUUCACAUACAUUUUUCGAAUAUUCAUUUCAAACUGUAAUUCUGUAUUUUGCACAUAUAUCUGAUAUUAAUGCAAUUAGAUACUAAUUUUAGAAUAGAGGAAAUAGUAGACUAGGUGAACAGAUAUUCAAAAUAAUAUAUUCUCUCAUUUGCACAAUUAUUUAUUAAGGUAUCUAAUAAAACUUACCUGUUCUGAAGACAGAUGUAAAGAUGAUCAAAAUCUAAAAUAUACCUUAACUUUUUUUUGUAGGUAGUGACAAUUAUUUUAUGAUGUAUAUGCUACAGCGAAAGUCGGAAAUCGUUGUUUAAUUUUUAAUAAUUAUUAGUUAAAGCUUACAUUCACUGAUUAAAUUACUAGUUUGCGAUAUUCUUAUUAGCCAUUCACUGAUUUGCUAACACUACGCCAGUAAAAGUUCAAUAACUAAUUUUGCAACAAACUCUUACUAGUGAAGCUUACUUCUUAUACUUAAUUAUGUUCGCUUUGCUAUUUGACUAGUUUCUAGCAGCUACCAGUAAGUGAUAUUGAUAAAGUGGCCGACUGAAAAUUUGACGUGGGACAUUCAAUUUUAAAAUAAAUAUAUUCAAAGCAACCAUAUUCAUAUUAAAAUUAAAACCAAAACAAGAGGAAAAGGUUAAAAAAAGCAAUCAAAACUCAUUUGUGCAACUUUAUGUUUAAUGAUAGCCUGUUACCCGGCAGCGGCUAGACGAUUGAAACUUUUUAAGGUUAGGUAUAAAAGCAAAUAUUUUAAUUUUGGUGUUUCUGUUUUAUUAUCGUUUCGUUGUAAUUUUAAGAUGAGUGGAUCGCCUUUAAUAUGGAGGUGAUUCAAUGUUCUUAAAACUUUUAUUUGUUCCAACUUUUCCACCAAUGCGCUCCCUAUUAUACAAUAGAAUACCUUUUAUUGACAGCUUUUAGUAAAUGAUAUAGUCAUGUCAUUAGGAAUUCCUAAAACUUAUAAGUUCACUGGUCCAGUGCAUAAUUAUUGUUAAUGUUUCCCAGUAGCCUUUAGCCUUGUUUAUACACGUUUGGCAAAGCUACUGUUAGCAAUAGGAGAUUCUCAAUGCGAUAAAAAAAGAUGGCACGGCUGCAGUCUACCCUGCAGUGUAACAAAGACAGAUAACUGUAUCAUAUACCUCUGUUUUCUCUUCCACUGAUUAGAAGAAGUGACACGAUGAGUGAGAAGAUUGCUUGAGGGGGCGGGGGCGGGACCACAAGCGUCUGCUUCGCGUCGGCGGUGAGUAGCAGAACAGGGUUGCCAGAUUUGUUAGAUAGUAAAUUUAUUUCUUCCCUAUUUGAUGAUCUUUUAUUUAUAAAUCAAAAGCUUUAUUAAAUAAAAUAAUUAGAAAAUUAUAUAAUAAAUUAUAAUAUUUAAGUACAAAAUUAGCAUUUCUAUGUGUUCCUAAAAUUGAACAUGCAAAUAAAGUACAAACAAAACAAAUAUAACAAGAAUUAAAAAUAGCUAGGUAUAAUAUG